UCUUCGAGAUACUCGUUCGUACGGUUCUACGAUUUACACAGUGAUAUUCGCACGCGGUCACAUACGUACAUACAAGCAAAGCAUAUAAGCAAUAUAAGGAAAAUAAUUGUUUUUGCUUAUACUUUUUUGCACCAUCAAUUUGUUUGUGCAUUUGUACGUGUGUUUUACGACGACAAGUGGACCCGUGACACGCGAGUGCCCCCACAUACUAGAUAUACAUAAACGCAUAUCUACAAACAAUUGUUAAUAGGCUGUUAAAAAGGCGUUGUAGUGCAGCAGCAAAUAACAACAACAGCAAACGGCACUAGGAAAAAUCAAUUGCAUUCAAUUUGCCAGUGUUUUUUGUUUUUGUUUUGUGGUGAAAAGUGUGUCUUUAGCACAACCAAUUCAAAAUGAGGGAAAUCGUUCACCUGCAAGCUGGUCAAUGCGGCAAUCAAAUUGGCUCAAAGUUCUGGGAAAUCAUCUCCGAUGAGCAUGGCAUCGACCCGAAUGGCAUGUACGUUGGUGAGAACGAUUUGCAAUUGGAACGCAUCGAUGUGUACUACAAUGAGGCCAGCAGUGGUAAAUAUGUACCACGCGCUGUACUCAUCGAUUUGGAGCCAGGCACAAUGGAUGCUGUUCGCCAAUCGCCAAUGGGUAUGCUAUUCAGGCCAGAUAACUUCGUGUUCGGCCAGUCCGGUGCGGGUAAUAACUGGGCUAAAGGUCAUUACACAGAGGGCGCCGAGCUAAUUGACUCUGUGUUGGAUGUGCUGCGCAAAGAGUCCGAGGGUUGCGAUUGCCUGCAAGGCUUCCAAUUGGCACAUUCUCUCGGUGGCGGCACCGGCUCCGGUCUGGGUACACUGCUGAUUUCCAAAAUACGCGAAGAGUACCCCGACAGGAUAAUGAAUACAUUUUCAGUGGUGCCAUCGCCAAAGGUAUCCGAGGUAAUUGUUGAGCCCUACAAUGCCACACUGUCGGCACAUCAGCUGUGCGAGAACACCGAUGAAACAUUUUGCAUCGAUAAUGAGGCAUUGUAUGACAUUUGUUAUCACAAGUUGCGUAUGCUGUGCCCCACCUAUGAGGACUUGAAUCAUCUGGUGUCCGUCACAAUGUCCGGCGUGACAACCUGCCUGCGUUUCCCCGGCCAACUAAAUGCUGAUCUGCGCAAAUUGGCCGUGAAUAUGGUGCCGUUCCCGCGUUUGCACUUCUUCAUGCCGGGCUUUGCGCCACUCACCGCCAAGGGUUCGCAACAGUAUCGCGCUUUGACUGUCUCCGAACUGACUCAGCAAAUGUUCGACGCCAGGAAUAUGAUGACAGCGUGCGAUCCCCGUCACGGACGCUAUCUAACAGUGGCGUGCAUCUUCAGAGGCCCAAUGUCGAUGAAGGAGGUCGACAUGCAAAUGUACAACAUACAAAGCAAGAACAGCAGCUACUUCGUUGAAUGGAUACCAAAUAAUGUUAAGGUAGCUGUUUGCGAUAUACCACCGCGUGGCCUCAAAAUGUCCGCCACAUUCAUUGGCAACACCACAGCCAUACAGGAGAUCUUCAAGCGUAUAUCCGAGCAAUUUACGGCCAUGUUCCGGCGUAAGGCGUUCCUGCAUUGGUACACCGGCGAGGGCAUGGACGAAAUGGAAUUCACCGAAGCCGAAUCGAAUAUGAACGAUUUGAUUUCCGAAUAUCAACAGUAUCAGGAGGCCAGCGUCGAGGAUGAUGUUGAAUUCGACGACGAACAAGCCGAGCACGAGGCGUACGAAGAUAAUGCCAUACAAAAUGGUGGCCUCUAAUGACCAGCUAUGUGGAAAAUAUCGAAAUCAAAUGGUGUGUGGAGUUGAUCGACCUUUCGCCCAACUGUAAUGUUUUCAGAACAAUAAUUAGUUUUGCUGUUGUUCACCUUACAAUGUAAUUUGCAUAUAAUGUUUUGUUAAGCAUAAAACAUUUAGUAUAAUAAAACAAAUAAAACUAAAGUUGCAAAUAUUUUGUACAAACAAAGAAUAA